AUGAGUUCUUCAGCUCUGCGUCGGCUGGUGCCGACAGUCUCGAAGCUAGCUACACAGAGAGUCGCUCUCUCAUCCUCAUCAGUGUCGCUGCAAUCGAGUCAAUGGGCCUGCUCUUCCCGGAGGCACUUCACGGCGAGAUCUGCUCAAUAUGUGAAGAAGUACACUGAAGACCACGAAUGGAUCGAGCUUGAUACGGAUGGCAAGACCGGUACUGUUUGCAACCCCGUUCCCGCUGGGAUCAUCUACUCACGCGAGUUCUCAGGGACCAUUGGAAUUUCUGAAUACGCAGCCCAGGCGCUCGGAGAUGUCGUCUACGUCGAGCUCCCCGAGCUAGGAAUGGAUGUGUCCCGAGGUGACACGAUCGGCGCAGUUGAAUCUGUCAAGUCCGCAUCGGACAUCAUGACCCCAGUGUCGGGCAAAAUUACAGAUCACAACAAGAUUUUGGAAGAGAAGCCCGGCACCAUCAACAAGAGUCCCGAAGCCGAAGGUUGGUUGGCAAAGAUUGAAGUCAGCGAUACAACGGAGUUGGACAACUUGAUGUCGAAAGAAGAGUAUGACAAUUUCGAAAAAGAAUGA